AUGCCUGCCUCGCUCGGAAAACGAAAGCGCUCAUCUGCGACUAAUCCUACCAGUUCAAAACUUUCAAAAGUACCUAAAACUACCCCAAUUAUACCAGAACCAGUAUCUGAACCCCAAUCAGAAGAAGAAGCUUCAGAUAGCUCUCCAGAGGACGACGAAGAUGAGGUGGAAGAUGAUACUGAAAUUCUCGACCCCCAAGAAAUAUUCCGUCGUCAUUUCGAAGCACAGUUCAAACCGCUUCCUCCUACAACCAAAAAGCCUAAAAUCAAUCCAAUAAUCGAGAAUCCCGAAAAUGAAGACGAGGAUUGGGAUGGCUUAUCAGACAACUCCGCCGAAGACGACGAGCAGGAAGAAAACGGCGUACAAGUAGUCGAGCAUGUUAAGAAAAUCGAUUCCCGGAUCGCAGGGAUGAGUAAAGGGGAAUUGAGGGCUUUCAUGUCCUCCAAAAUUCCCAAAUCACGCCCUACCCCCUCUCUCUCCAAACUUACCGAGCUACCAGCCGGCUCCGCAGACGACCCAGGCGCAACCGAAGCACUCAAUCUCAAAAACGAUCUCGCGCUCCAACGACUCCUCGAUGAAUCACAUCUCUUGACAUCCUCCUCCUCUUCCUCAGCGGCCAACUCCCAUGCCGUCCAUACUUUACAAGGAAAGAAUCGAUUAAAAGCACUAGAUAUGCGUGUCCAAGCAUUGGGGGGGAAGACUAGUAUACAUACACAAGAAAGCAUGCCGAUGAAUAUGCGAAAGGGGAUCAUAAGGAAAGCGGAGGAGAAGGAGGAGAAGCGAAGGAGGGAGGCCAAGGAGAAUGGGAUUGUGCUUGAGACGAAAGGAAGAGGAGGGGGAUUAGCGGGGGAAGGGAAAGAAGGAAGGAGAGGAGCGGGACGGGAGGGACUUUUGAUUCUGGUCCCGGGGUUGGGAGGAUGA